AUGGCGCCCAGCACAUCAACCGCUGCCACUCCAUCCCAGCGGGCUCGCAGUGAAGUCAAUGAAACAUGGGCGUACCUCGAGAAGAACGUCGACAAUGUCAUGAACAAGUUGCAGGAGGGUUUGGACAUGAAGACCUAUAUGGGAGUCUAUACAGCCGUCCACAACUUUUGCACGUCACAAAAAGCCACCGUGGCACCUCCUGCUUCAAGUCCUGGAAAUCUUCAGAGCACGCACCGUGGCGCGCACCUGCUUGGCGAGGAGCUGUAUAGUCUACUAGGCGAAUAUCUCAGCCAGCAUCUGAAGUUGGUCCUCGACAACUCAGCAUCCCACGUCGAUGAAGCCCUCCUCACAUACUACAUUCGAGAAUGGAAGAGAUACACGGAUGCCGCCAAGUAUAACAACCACCUGUUCCGAUACCUGAACCGUCACUGGGUGAAGCGGGAAAUGGACGAAGGCAAGAAGAACGUGUAUGAUGUUUACACUCUACACCUCGUCAAAUGGCGGGAUGACUUUUUCGGCAAGGUCCACGAGAAGGUCAUGGCCGCAGUCCUGAAGCUUGUCGAGAAGCAGCGGAACGGCGAGACCAUUGAUCAGCUGCAGGUCAAGGCCAUCGUCGAAUCCUUCGUCUCGCUCGGCCUGGACGAGCACGACUCCACCAAAUCCACUCUCGAUGUCUACAGACUCAACUUCGAGCGGCCAUUCCUCAAUGCCACCAAAGACUAUUACGAUCAAGAAUCGCAACGCUUCGUGGCCGACAAUAGCGUGGUCGAGUACAUGAAGAAGGCCGAAACUCGGCUGGACGAGGAGAAAGAGCGUGUUGGUCUCUACCUGCACCCCGAUAUCAUGAAGAAGCUGAUGGACACCUGCAACGAAUCUCUCAUCACCGCUCACACCCUCCUCCUUCGCGAUGAAUUUCAAGUGCUCCUCGACAGCGAGCGUACAGACGAUCUCGCUCGGAUGUACAAGCUGCUUGCCAGAAUUAAGGAUGGUCUUGAGCCUCUCCGAGCUCGUUUCGAGCUCCACGUUCGAAAGGCUGGCUUGGCAGCGAUCGAUAAGGUGGCAGCGCAGGGCGAAAACUUUGAGCCUAAGGUCUACGUCGAUGCUCUUCUUCAAGUCCAUGGCAAGUACCAGCAGCUGGUCAAUGUCGCUUUCACUGGCGAGUCUGAAUUUGUCCGGUCUCUGGAUAACGCCUGCAAAGAAUUCGUCAACCGCAACCAGAUCUGUAAAUCGAGCUCAACCAAGUCACCCGAAUUACUGGCCAAAUACACCGAUCAGCUGCUCAAGAAAGGAGCCAAGGCAGCCGAUGAGUCUGAACUGGAAGAGCUUCUCGUGCAGAUCAUGGUUGUCUUCAAAUACAUUGACGACAAGGAUGUGUUCCAGAAGUUCUACUCACGCAUGUUGGCCAAACGUCUGGUGCACACCAAUUCCGUCAGUGACGACGCAGAAACUAGCAUGAUCUCAAAGCUGAAGGAAGCAUGCGGAUUUGAGUACACCAACAAGCUGCAGCGAAUGUUCCAAGAUGUACAGAUCUCCAAAGACCUGAACCAGUCGUACAAGGAGCACGAAGAUCUUCUGCUGGGCGAUAGCAACUCCAAACGCAACCUGGAUUCAACAUAUCAGAUUCUAGGCACAGGCUUUUGGCCUCUGAAUGCGCCUAAUACUCCAUUUGCUCCCCCAGCGGAGAUCAACAAGGCCAUCGAGUCGUUCGGUAAAUUUUACGACAACAAGCACAACGGCCGCAAGUUGACAUGGCUGUGGCAGUUGUGCAAGGGCGAGCUUAAGGCCAACUAUGUCAAGAUGGGCAAGGUACCGUACACCUUUCAGGUCUCAACAUACCAGAUGGCGAUGCUCCUGCUGUUCAACGACUCGGAAAAGAUUGAAUACUCCGAAAUGGCACAGCUCACUAAUCUGAAUGAUGAGACACUUGAGCCCGCUCUCAUGAUUCUCAUCAAGGCUCGCGUCCUCAACGCGUCCGACCCCAAGCCCGGUCCGGGCGUCAGUUACACGCUCAACGAAGGCUUCAAGAACAAGAAGUUAAAGGUCAACCUGAAUAUCACUGUCAAGUCGGAACAGAAGGUAGAGGCGGACGAGACUCACAAGACGAUUGAGGAGGAUCGUAAGCUUCUGCUACAGGCUGUAAUCGUCCGCAUCAUGAAAGGUCGCAAGAAGCUCAAGCACGUCCAGCUCGUGGAAGAAGUCAUUAACCAGGUCAAGUCGCGAUUCCCUCCAAAGAUUCCCGACAUUAAGAAGAACAUCGACGCUCUAAUGGAGAAGGACUACAUUGAGCGGCUCGAUAACGAUGAGCUGGCUUACAUCGCCUAG